AUGAACAACGAUCAGUUCCGCAAGUUGAUUCUUGCGAACAAUGCGUCAAAAUCCAAAGAUGCAUCCUCUCCACCCUCCGCGACACCCGGAGGGUCAGCACUCGGUUCGCGACAGCGCAGCAGCAUUCCCAUGACUCCUCGUUCACUCGGAGGAUCGCAAGCAGAUUUCGCCCGACAGCUUUCCGACCGCAACCGCGCCACCAAACCCCAGAAGCAUUUCCGGACAUCCGCACCGAAAGGCGCUCGCCUCGCCGACGGCUACACUGAUCGCGCGCGGGAACGCGAAGCAGGAGAUGCGGAUGAUGAUCGCGCGACCAGGCUGAAAGCGCUCGAGGAGUCCUUGAAGAAGGAGGAGAUUGACCAGGACACCUACGAAAAGCUACGAUUUGAGAUCGCGGGAGGCGACCUGGGGAGCACACAUCUCGUCAAAGGCCUUGAUUUCAAGCUACUAGAGCGAAUACGGAGAGGCGAGGACGUGUACGGGGAGAAAGAGCCCGAGAAGCAGGGGCAGGAAGACGUUGCAGAAGACGUGGACGAGGCCUUUGAAGAACUGGAGAAGCAAGAAGUUACAGCCGCAGCCAAGGAAAAGCAGGAGAAGAAAAAGAAGGGGCAGCUGUCAACAGUGUCGCUCAAUGCAGCGAAGAAGCGGAGUCGCGACCAAAUACUGGCGGAAUUGAAAGCCUCGCGAGCAGCAGCAAAGGCAGCGGCGGAACCGGCUUUGGGCGACCGCUUUCGCCGAAUCGGGGCCGUGCAAAAGGCCGGAUCUAGGAUCGAAAUCGACAGUAAAGGUCGGGAAGUUCUGAUUGUCGUCGACGAAGACGGGCACGAGAAGAGAAAGGUGCGCAAGGUGCAGCCUAGUCAGCCGGAAGCCGAAGCCGAAGCGAGCGAGCUCCCCAUGCCAGACAAGAGUGCGAAGCCACUGGGAAUGGAGGUUCCCGAGCAGUACAAGAAGGCGCCUGAACCAGAAGAGGGCUUGGACGUGGACAUUUUCGAUGACGUCGGGGACGACUACGAUCCGUUGGCUGGGCUAGACGGUUCGGAUUCUGACUCUGAUGAGCAGCCAGAAACUUCCCUAAAGAACGACGACGCCAAAACGACGGAGGAGACCAGGGCAUCAGCACAGGAUCAGCUGGCCAUGCCGCCCCCUCCCCGACCAAAGAGAAACUACUUUGAAAACUCAAAGACUGGGCUAGUGUCAGAACAGCAGAUCAAGGCACCAUCCAUGUCUGAUCCUGAGAUUCAAGCCGCUUUCAAACGUGCUGCAGCUCUCGAACAGAACAGACGCCGGCAGGGGCAGGAGACGGAGGACUCCGACGAAGACGACGAGGAAGCGCACGCUCGCAAAGCCCGCGAGGAGCGGCACCGCAAGCUGCUCGAGAGUGCUGCCAGGGAUGACGAUGACUUGGACAUGGGCUUUGGCACCAGUCGGUUCGAAGACGAAGAGGACUUUGACGAGACCAAGGUCAAAAUCUCCAAGUGGGGCGCCGACGACGAGGACGGUGAAGGCCAGGAUAAAGGCGGCGUAAAGAGAAAGCGAGGGCCGAAGAAGAGGAAAGGCGACGCGAACAAUGCCGCAGACGUCCUGCGUGUGAUGGAGUCGAGGAAGAAGUCUCAAUGA